AUGAUGACGGCGCGGGAGAUUGAAGGCCUCAUUGCGGAUGGCAGGUCCAUCAUCAUCAAGGACCAGUACGUCCUCAAGGUGGACGCCUGGAUGAAGUACCACCCUGGUGGUGAUAAGGCCAUCCAGCACAUGGUCGGCAGAGAUGCCACAGAUGAGGUCAACGCUCUUCACUCGCCUGAGGCUCGGGCCAUGAUGGAUAAAUAUAGGAUUGGAAAGAUCAACUACCGGUGGCAGAACAUGCUUCCUCCCAUACAAGGCGGUCUAUUUAGAAACUGGGCCGCAGCCGACUGUGACGCAGAGGACUCAUCAGGCUCGAGCCAGGCCAGCUCACGAUCACCCUCGCCUGUCUUUGAUACUCCCGAGCAUGGUCGUCAUUCCCUGCGCAGUCGCAGGGUCGGUACCGUGUCGUCGCCAUCUAUGCGGCCCUCCUCGUCAACAUCGGUCACCUCGGCCGAAGAGGACGAAACACUUGACGGCAUGAGCCUCCUGGACCGCAGGACGAUGCAGGAGAUCAAGCAGGAUAUGGACAUCUAUCCCGCCCUCGAUGCCAGCACGCAAGAUCACAUCGUCGACAAGUACCGGCAGCUGAACGAGAGGAUCAAGGCCGAGGGUCUGUACCAGUGCAACUACUCUGCAUAUGCCGUCGAGUGUUGCCGGUACACACUGAUGUUCAGCCUGUUCCUGCUGUUCCUGAGCUGGAAGUGGUACGCCACCAGUGCCUUCUGGCUCGGCUGCUUCUGGCACCAGCUAGUCUUCACAGCCCACGAUGCAGGCCACAUGGGCAUCACCCACGGCUUCCACACUGACACGGUCAUCGGCAUCAUCAUCGCCGACUUCCUGGGCGGCCUGUCCAUUGGCUGGUGGAAGAGGAACCACAAUGUCCACCACAUCGUGACCAACUCGCCCGAGCACGAUCCGGACAUUGAGCACAUGCCCUUCUUCGCCAUCUCGCAUCGAUUUCUGACGGGCCUGCGGUCCACCUACUACGAACGGAUCAUGACGUACGAUGUCUUCGCUAAGGUUAUGCUGCGCGUGCAGCACUACACAUAUUACUUCAUCCUGCUGUUUGGCCGAUUUAACCUGUACCGCCUGUCGUGGGUUUACCUCCUCGGUGGCCAGGCACCCAGCAGGGGGCCGGCGUGGUGGCACCGCUGGCUCGAGCUGGCAGGACAGGUCUUCUUCUGGACCUGGUUUGGCUACGGGGUGGUCUACAGGUCCAUCGACAGCAACUGGGGUCGCUUCGUCUUCGUCAUGAUCAGCCACAUGGUCACGAUGCCGCUUCAUGUACAGAUCACGCUGUCGCACUUCGCCAUGAGUACGGCGGAGCUGGGUCCUGAUGAGUCGUUCCCACAGAAGAUGCUCCGCACCACCAUGGAUGUGGACUGCCCGCAGUGGCUCGACUUCUUCCACGGCGGCCUGCAGUUCCAAGCCAUCCACCACCUGUACCCGCGCAUCCCGCGGCACAACCUGCGCGCGACGCAAAGGCUCGUCCAGGAGUUUUGCGAGGACGUUGGGAUCCCCUAUGCGCUCUACGGCUUCGUUGGCGGCAACAAGAAGGUCAUUAGUCGGCUGGCAGAUGUCGCAAGGCAGGCAGCCAUCCUCUCCAAGUGCCAGCAGGUCCUCGCCCAGAGCGACGACCCGUUGCAUCAUCACUGA